AUCUGUCGCACACAAAUGACGUUAUAUAUCGUCAACUAACUAAUGCUGCGUUCCAGACAGCUCGGAAUGUGAAUUUUUAGCACCUCGUUUUUGGAAAUAACGUCGGACAUUCGACCUGUGAACUCGGGAAAAUCGCGAACAGCAGUUCGGGAAAGUCCAUAGACAGUGGGGAAGUCUGAUCUAGCGCAUCCUGUCCACUAGGUGGCAGAAGAGAGCCGUUUAAAUUAGUUUGCCAAUCGUUAUUAAAACAGAAGAAGCAUGGCUCCACGAAGAACUAGAAAAGUUAGUCAGGAUUCUGAAGGUCAGCCUGAUUAUGACCAGAAGAGUAGACUCACCAAAAGAAAGGAGCUGUUCAUACAACAGUUUGAGAAGGAAGCUCAGGACCGGAUUAAUGAAAUGGAGACCAAUCUGAACAAAUUGCUGGCAACUGUGGACCGAGUUUUCAAAAUAGAGCUGAUGAAAAUGCCGCACUCGCUCCACACCACGCUGAUAAAAGACCUAAUGAAUGAUGAUGAUACGUCUGUGGGCGAGGUCACAAUGGCACUGAAGAGUGCGUCUCCAGAAAUUCGGAAACCCCUGUCUCGAAAGUCAAGCAAAAAAGGUUUAAAUGCCACAGCAGGGCAUCAAAGGUCAUCGGGUCAAAUCAAGAGCACUUCAGUGGAUGGUGUAAAGAAACCUGCAAAGAAGACCCUGCACAACAGUAACAGCACUGGAAGUCUGAGGUCUCUCUCAACUAUCAAUGGAAAAAGAACCCAAGGACGGGUUGUCAAUCUCAGUGACCAAGCGUUUGGUAAAUUUAGACAAGCAAGUCGCUCUGUUGGUGAUGAAAUGAUGGCUACAGCCACAAUAGUAACUUCCCAUGGAGAAACACUGCUACUUUCUGAGGACAAUAAAGAUGACAUCAGUGUUGAGUUGCUCGACGAUGCGGCUGUAGAUCAGAUGCGAAAGAUCAAGGACCUUAUGGACUAUCUUUGUAAAAAAAGGGGGCUCAAUAACACAUGCUGAUGAGUUUUAAUCCGAUCAGUUGGAUCCAGUGUUUUAUUAUGUGUAAAUGUAAAUCUAUAAAUAAACUAUUGUAAUGAGAUGCAAUAAAGUGAUUUGC